CACUACUCAGAUUUCUGUGUAAUAUAUUAUAUAGAAGUCUGUGUACGAAUAUAUAGUUUAUAAAUUAUAAGUAUAAAAUUGUCUCUUUCUAUGCCUACAUUCUUUCAACAUUUCAAACUACAACUUUGAACUAUGAAGUCUUCUAUGUUUUGAUAAUAUAUAUUUAACAUUUGUUCAAUUGUGUACUACUUUACAUUUGUAAGUAAUAUUAAUUUCAAAUUAUAUAGGUAUACUAAUUUAAAAAUUAAUUGCUUGUAUAGUUUACUAUAAAUAAUGUAGACAUUAUUAAUAAAUAUUAUUGAAUAAAAUAAGGUAAAUUAGUCUUAAUUUUAAUAAUAUUUUUGAAAACACUAUUUAUUAAUUUUAAGUAAAUUAUUGUAAUGGAAGAAACAAUAAAUCACAAAAAUGUAUCAAAUGAGCUGGAAGUAAAUGAGUUUUAUUUUGAAACCGACUUUUAUUUAUUGAAAAGCAAUAAAGAUUAUAAAAAUUUACUAAAAUCAUUGGCUAUACUUGAAGUCCAAAGAUGUGCAACAAUUCAAAAUCUUGAAAAACUUGCAGUGUUAAAGGAUCAUUUGUCAAGAAAUGCAUGUUUAACAUUAAAACAAAUUUUAAAACGUGAAGACAUAAGCACAUUAAAGACUAUUAGUAUUCAUGAUUUACCUACUAUUGAUUGGUCAAUUUAUAAAAUAGAUGAUGAAAAUGAACAACCAAAACCAGUAUGCGAUAUUAAUUUACGGUUUAAAAAUAUUCCCGAUAAACAAGAAACAUCUACUGUCACCACAGCUGAAGUGGAAAAAUCCGAAACCUUUAAAAAACCUUGGACUGUGGAAGAACAACUACGUCUCGAAGAACUUUUAGUUGAUUUUCCACCAGAAAGAAAUGAAAGUAAUAGAUACAGAAAAAUAGCUGAAGCUCUGGGUACAAGAAAUUUGCGACAAGUAUGUAGUAGAGUACAGAAGUAUAAUAUGAAAAUGAAAAAAGUAAGUUCUAUAAAAUCUAUUAAUGUAAAUUCAAAAACCCUGAAUAAAAAAAUUGUGUCUCUUAGUCAUAAAAAUACUGGUGCGUUGUUGAAACCGACUACAUUUAUACCAUCUACAACAUUAGUAGAUGAUGUUGAUGUUUAUAACGCCAAUCGAAAUAAUUUAAAUAUUAGUCACAAAAAUAUUGAAAUGAAUAAAAAUACAAAAUUAACAAUUCUUGAGGAAGUAUUAAAAGACAAGAUUUCUAGAAGCGAUUGUCCUAUUGUACAUACUAAUUUCAAAUGUUGUGUAUGUGAGUCAUCUCCUAUUGUGGGAACAAGGUGGAAUUGUAGUGAAUGUCCAAGUAUUGGCAAAAGUUCUGAUUUUUGUAGUGAUUGUAUAGUUGAUAUGGUUAAAAACAUUGUUGAGAAGCUUCCUCAUCCAUUGGACCACUUAGUUAUUCCUAUAAGAAGUAUUCAAGUGAAUGAUGAUAAUGUUAUCAACAGCCUUGCUGAUCCAAAUUAUGCACCAUUAGUAUUUAAUACUCAAAACUAUUUAGAUCCAAAUUUUAUGGUGUAAAAUGUUAAUAUUUACCUAUCUAAUAAUAUUUGUAUUUUUCAUAGAUUUACAUGCCAGAUUGUCAAUUAAUUAAUAUUUGUUAAUGUAUAAGACAACUUUUAAUUAAUAAAGAACUGGUUUUAUAUUUAUUGUUUAUUAAAUAAAUUAUACUUUAUACCUACCAAUACCAAUUAUUUUGUAAAUUAAAUCAAUUUUUCCUGUGUAUUCAUAUUUAUUUGGCACAAAAUGAG